AUGCGAACCAGCUUGACGAGAUCUCGCUCCGACGGGCUUAACGAGCUCGCUGCUGCCCUCCGUGAAUCCAUCGAAAGCUUCAUGGCGUCGACAGACCUUUAUGAUGCCACAACUCCCCUCCUGUUUGAAGAUCGAGCCCGUCAAACGAGCGAUCCGUCCGAUAUUGACAUUCCUUAUCGACGAAUUGACGAACAAGGCCAUGAAGAGUCGAGCAACCAUGAGUCUGAAGUUGUACGGCUGUUGACAGAUAUGAAAACAGACUCUGAGGCAGUGCGACUGUUGACAGACAUGAGAACGGACGCUGAAGCUGUGCGAUUGUUGACAGAUAUGAGAGAGCAGUCCAGGCCUGUAUGGCCGACGACAACCAUAACUCCAUCAAUUCAAACAUCAUCCCAAGCCCAAGGACUGGAAGCUGAUCACGAUUCACGGCCAAGAGAAGUGUCAGAGGAAGACUUUGCCGGGGAGUGGUGGGAUUUAUGUUCGGAGUCGUCCUCUGAUACGGACUCAGACACAGAUACAGACAAGGAGCAUGGAGCUCAACCAGACUUGGAUGAACGUCCUGAAAGGGAGCCUGAACCCGGUGUGGCGGAUACUCGACCAGAACCUGAGAGGAGCAUUGAUCAUUGGACCAUCGUCGCGAGACUAGGCAUAAUUCCAGAGGACUUCCAAUUGGAUAGGCCACAACAGCGUCUGCUGAAAAAAGGACAACUGCUGAAAUAUGCCAUGAUCAACUGGCAGAUGGUAUGCUUGAGGAGAUGGAGCCUGGAGAGGGAAAACUGA